AUGUUGAUGAAAGGGGGCCGGCCACCUGCCGCGCCUUUGGCCUCAAGAGGUAGUGAGCUAGCACUUUCUGCCUUCUUGGUACUCCUAUUGCUGUGGCUUCACACCUGGCGCAGACUCUUCGAGUGCUUCUUCAUCAGGGUCUUCUCCAAUGCCAUGAUUCACAUUGUGCCGGACUGUUUCGGCCUUGUCUACUAUGUCCUCCUCUGCCUAACUGUGCUAAGCCAAGUGCCCAUGGAUGGCUGCAGUGUGUAUGGAAUAGGGAAAAAUCCAUUGAUGCAAGCACGGUGGUUCCACAUCCUUGGGGUGAUGAUGUUUAUCUGGUCAUUUGUCCACCAGUAUAAGUGCCAUGUCAUUCUCGGCAACCUCAGGAAAAAUAAAGCAGGAAUUGUCAUUCACUGCAACCACAGGAUCCCUUUUGGAGACUGGUUUGAACACGUUUCUUCCCCUAAUUACUUAGCGGAGCUGACGAUCUACAUUUCCAUGGCUGUCACUUUUGGUUUCCACAGUUUAACUUGGUGGCUGGUAGUGACACAUGUAUUCUCCAACCAGGCUCUUUCUGCUUUCCUCAACCACAGAUUCUACCAAAGCAAACCCGUCUCCUACCCAAAGCAUAGGAAAGCUUUCCUCCCUUUUUUGUUUUAA